AUGAUGAAAGAGGAUGACGAAUUGAAUCUUGUGAGAGACUACCUGAACGAGUUAAGCAUGUGUUCAGAAAAAUUAUACAACACAAAUUAUUAUAAUAGCUUAUCAAGGUAUAAGAAGCUAGGGGAUAAGAAGGACUAUGCUAUAAUGAAGUGCUUACGAAUGGAUGAAGAUCAACGAAAUCAGUUUACAAGCAUCGAUAAUGAGGAAUUCUCAACAAGCAAGGAAUGUGAGAGUAGCCUCAACGACUACUCGACGGAAGAAAAGACAGAAGGACAACCAAAAGGGGGGAAACGAGAAAAAGGGAUAGAAAAAGGGAAAAAAAAGGGGAAAAAAAAAAGAGGGGGAAAUCAUAGAAAGGAAGACAAAAAGGAGGACAAAAAGGAGGACAAAAAAGAAGAGAAUGAAAUAGCGAAAGGGAUAGUGAAUGAGAUAGCAAAAGCGAAAGUGAGAGAAAAAACAACUGUACAGGCGAAUGGAAAAAAGGAAAAACAAUAUAUCACAUUCUCUUUUAACAAGCAAAGGAAAAAUCAAAAAGGAUUUAAAGAUAGUGGUACAGAUUACAAGAGCUGCAAACUUAUGCUAUCUCAAAAGGACGAGGUACAACCAUUCGACAAAUCGAUACACAGAACGAAAAAGGCGUUACAUGAAGGAGAGAUAAUAAAAGCAUUUCCGAAUAGCAAGAGAAAUGAUUGUGUCUAUAACACAUAUGAUGAUUGUAAAAAAAAAGAAACGAGGUUGAUUGUAUGUAGAGAGGGGAACAAUGAAGAUCAUUUUUCUGUAGCUGAGCUGGGAAUAACAGAGGAAGGUGAGAAGGAAAAAGAUAUGGAAGUAAAGACAACGACAAAACAAAUAAUUGGAAAUUAUAUCAAUAAUGAUAAUGACGGAGUAAACGUAAAAAGGAGCUACGAAAGCAGCUCGUUUUGCACUCAAGAAGGUUCACUGACAAGUCAGUUGAACAAGAUGAGUACGACGAUUAAACCGUACAGACUUCUUAAAACCGAAAAAGGAAAUAAUUCAUAUAAUGAAGAUAAACAUGAGCGAGAGAAAAACAUAGUAGCCUUUUCAAACGAACAUGAGCAAGAACUAUUUGAAUACCUAAUCCUAAAAGCAAAUGACGAAAUAGAAAAAAUUAGUAGUAAGCUAGAGAAUAAAUACAAGAAUGAGUUAUUACGUAGAGUUAACAAUAUAAAAUAUGCGUAUGAAAAAGAAAUAAAAAAAUUAUUAAAAAAUAAAGCUUUUUUAUGUGUAGAAAAUGAAAAAAUGAAUCAGCAAGAGAAAGACAACCAGGAGAUAAUAAAAGAGUUAGAGCAUGCAAAACAUGCAUUAUUAAAUGAAAUGGAAAAAAUAAAAAAAAAUAAUAAUAAUGAAUGGAUGUUGCAUCAUGAUAUGUGUUUUCAAAAAGAGAUGUUAAAAAAUGACAAUGAAAAAAAAAUUAGAAAACUAAGUGAGCAGGUGGACAUAGGCAAUAAACAAAUACUGCAACAGGAAAAAAAGAUAUGUAUGUUAAAUGACAAUCUGAAUAGCAGUAGUGAAAAGUGUUUUUACCUUCAAAGUAAAUGGGACGCAGGAGAAAGAGCAUUACGUCAGAAGGACGAAGAAAUAGAAAACCUAAAAAUAAAACUGCACAAAUGGGUCCUUGAAAAAAAUGAAGUUGAGGAUAAAUUAAUGCAAUUGCAAGAUCAAAAUGGGAAGAUUGAGAGAGACAAUGACUGUCUAAGGAGCGAAUUAAACAAUGCAAAGCUCCAUGUUGUAAAGCUGAAGGAGCAGAAUGAGGAAGUUCUCCAGAAUAGUGACUACGUGCAGUCAUGCUACAAAAGAGAAGAAAAGAAGUUGAAAGAAGAUUUAGAAAACUACAAAACGGUAAAAGUGCACAACGUAAAAUGCGCCUUGCUAGAAAAUAAAAACGAUUUGACACUUUUAGAAGAGAAAUAUAAAAAAUUGCAAAUUGAGUUAAAAGACAUAGAAAAUGAAAAGUGCAUAUAUGAAAGGACGUGCUUGAAAAACGAAAGAACACAGAAAGACAUGUGCACGGAAAUAAAAAACCUAAAAAAUGAAUUGUACGAGUGUAAAAACAAAUUGCAUAGAAUGAACAAGUCGAGUGUGGAUGGUGUGCAGACAAGUCUAUUCAAAGCUGAAGCAAAGGAUUUCACCUUAACAGAAAAUGAAAGGAGUAACGGUGCAGGUAACAACGCAACUAUCCACGCAGCAAUCCAUGCAGUUAACGAUACAGGGGAAUUACAACAAAGAGAAGAACAGAUUGGCAAGGGGGAAAGGUUCUUAAACGAACUGGAUACAACACAAAAAAUAGCUUCCAUAGAAAAACAGUUGAUUCUGCUGAAGUUAGAAAAGAGCAGUAAAGAAGCCGAGCUAAUAAGGUGCCCCCAAUAUAGACGAAGAGCUGAAGAAAUUAAAAAAAAGGAGUUCCUUGAAGAGAAAUUGAAAUAUCUGGACGAAAAAAUAAACGUUCUCGGUCAAAAUUUAAGAUGUAUUAAAGCGCAGAGUACCAGUGGUAUGAACUGA